ACCCAACGCCCUACUUACUCAUUGAAUUUAUCUUAUCUAAACGAAUCUGUAGUAACACACGCCGCGAUAAUACAGCGCUAUGUAUUUUAAGCAGCUAAUGUGAUUAUAAAACAAUAAUUGUGAACUAUGAAAAUUCUGUUUUUAUUAAUUAUUAUAUUAUGCAAUGCUUUUGGAGAAUUAUUGCCUAGUAUUCCUACACAUUUACUGGAAUGUUACCGAAAUGGGGGACCCAGUUUGGGCGCACCAAAGCGCCUAGAUGUAUUCCUAUCUUUAGUCAGGCGAUUGGAACUCAAAGCAAAUCUAGAUUUGAGGUUGUUUAGCACAGCUUUAUUGCGAAGUUUGCGGCUUGAUGGAGUGGAAAAAGCCGCCAAUGUAGUUGAAACAGAGUUCGUCCUGCCAUACAGAGCUUCAGCUUUCCAAUUUCACAAAUAUAAAUUGCUAAUGGAUAUAUUUUUACCGAGCCAAGAUCUGAUUGAUGCGGAUGAAUUCUUCUCUACUGAAGAAAAAUGUUUACUUCACAAGAUUAUAAGUUCUACAGUGCGACCCUGGGAAAGAGGGGAUGAAAAUAUAGUGUGCCCGUUGUCCAUACAGCAAAGACAAAAUAUUGUUUCGUCAAAUAGCAGGAUCAAUAGCAGAUGUCCCAUUGAAGAUGGUGUGAUUCAAUCAGCAUGGGGUCCUAUAUCUCCUGGAACACUCAUAGCAGCCAUCGCGUCGUCAUUAGAAGCUCAAAGAAUAUUAGUCACUGAUAUAUUACAAGCAAAUUUAUUCAAAGCAGAAAUCCCACCAACUUUACUUAACAUGGCUUUGAAAGAAUGGGAUUUAAAAUUGGAAAGAUUAAAUGAUAUCGAGGACCCAAGUGGUAAUGCCGCUACUGAUAUAAGCAAUAUAUGGGCUGCGACAUUAGCAGGGGAUUUAGCGGAAGUAGCAUUGAAUCAAGGGUCGAGAGUAGGUGCAGCACCCCAAAGGUUGAUAGUUGGCACAAAUAAUAGAUGGAAUGAUACAUUAUUACCGCGAGAUUUUUAUCUGUUUAUGCAAAAUAGUUCAUCAACUGAUUGGCAUAUGACGGACGCUGAAAUUUUGGCGGGAAUUGAUGGUUUAAUCUUGGCCAAUUACGUACCAUCAUGGAUCGAACAACGUAGAACGUUGCGAUUAUCGCAAAUUAUUGAGAUGUAUUAUUCAAACGAAGGCGUAUCGUUUGAACCCAAAGUGCGGGCGUGUAACAGACAAGCCUUGUUCUCAGAUAUAGUGAACAGAGAACAAUUGUUCAAGGAAACUUCUAGAUUGGCACAUAUAUUGUCGUUACGGCAAAUCACAGUGUACAUACCGGUCGAUGAAAUGAAUAGAAUCACUGACGCGGCAGUCACUGCGUUCAUGGAUUAUGUUCCAUCACUAUUACGGCAGUACCACGUAGAAUGUUCAGCCAGUCAAAAUAUACCCGCCAUGGACUUAAUUAUAGCUACCGACAGCUCGUGGAGAGGAUAUCAAGUAGAACAAUUUUUGUCGUGGAUCGGUGGCGCACUUGAAAUCAAUAUGCAAAAGAGUACAAUAGCCUUACUUCACGGAAACACGGGCGCAUGGAUCGUACCAAAAAGUCAAAACCUGACCAGCGCUUUUACUACUUUAUCCAACUAUACCCAAGAAUGGCCCAAUCGUCUAAACCUCCCGAAUGUCAUAUCAGCUGUAAUACAACACAUACGGAAUGAGACGCUCGAAGAUAUUGAAUACAUGAGAAGUGCGGGCCCGAGUACGGUGGUUCUGAUAGUCAGUCCAACAGAUCAGUUGUCUUCGAAUGAACUGAAUAGAUGCAGAAUGCUCAUGAACUCGUUACGUACCAGUUUCUUUGACGUAUACUUCGCCUACGCAGCGCAAGAUACGUCAGACUUCAAAUACAUCAACAACGAAUAUAUGGAUUAUUCGGAACUAUUUUUAACGGUUUCAUCACCAUCAAUAACAGAUGUAACUACCUCAGUGGCUACGCAUUUGGUGAAAAACAUAAUACCAUCGCGUAUAUCGGGUCCUCAAUGUUCGUUCAAUAGCACGAACUAUGUGCAAGUGCCGUAUGAGGACUACGUGCUGCCGGGCAGAGAGCAGGCGUAUCGCAUCCAUCCUUUUUAUUUGAGACAACAAGCUAUUAUUAAUGUACAGUUUCGCAACGAUGGCCACGGCAGGAUCUUGGUGUGUAUGUGGCGUGGGGCAGAGUCGUCUCAUUCCUGCCAUUCGAUAAACGAACGAGAAAUGUUCACGUUCAAUUUGACGAAGCCUUGCCCUUCGCCGAAUUUUUGCACUCCGGCCCGAUUUCUUGUUACCGCGCAAACAACUUUGAACUUGUGUGCACAUAACGAUUGCCGCCUGCCGCAUCAAGUGGGUUACUAUAUACAACAUUCUGGUUUGCGCUGCCUGCCGCUCAUGGGAUCAUCGGUCAGUACGGCGCCGAUUUCGAAAGUCUUCUGGCUUUCUCUCUUGAUCUCAUUAUUGUAUUAUUUGUAAUAAAAUUAUUUUUGGAUAA